UAUUGAAAACCGAAAAAUUGCAAAAAUAUAUUUGCAAUAAAACUAAAUAUCGUGACAAUAUUGUAGUUAUAGUAAUUUAAUAAUUAGAUAAUAAUUUCGUGUUUACAAGUUUGUUUGUACGGCCUCACCGUGGAUCCUCAUAUAAGCGUGGACAUGUGCACGGGGGAGUCGUGGCGCGGCGGCGUGGCGCGCUCGCCCUCGCACGAGUCUGUCACGACGGACCUGUCGCUGUUCAGCGUCUCCUCCGCCGCGUCUGAUGCCAGGGUGCUGCGGUUACUGGCCUGCAAGGCCGGACAGGGUCCCGACCCGUCGCUGCGAGUGGCCAGCCCUAACCCGGAUAGCAAAUAUUUGAAACGUCCGUCGUCGUCGUCGCUGCCGCUGGCGCCGGACCAGUGCCGCGAGCUGCUGGCGGGCUGCGCGGCGCUGUGUGCCCAGCUGGGGCUGCGCCGCUCCUUCAGCGCCGCCGACGUCGCCAGCAGGGAGCCCUGUCUGCCACUGCGGAGCGCUACUUCAGAAGUGGGUCUCUCCGCAGCCCUGGAGGCUCUCACCAUGAGCGCGGCAUCGCGCUCCUGCAGCACCUGGGUCGCUGUAGGAGGGUCCCAGCUGCCGUCCCCGCAGCGGUCCCAGCUGGUGCAGGCGCCGCAACGAUGUCUGCUCACUGAUAACAAAAAGGUCCGCCAGAGCUACAUUAAACGCCGCCUACUGACCACAUACCGCGCGCUCGAACGCAUGUCGCAGUCUGACUUCAACCUGGACAGGCUCGAGGCUGCAGCGGCCCUGGCGUCCGGCGGCGUCAGUCUGCCUGUACCCACACACAAACAUACACGGAUUGUACAUCCUGAAGCAGCAGCUCUAGCGCUGACAGCGGCGGACCUCGAGCGCGAGCGAGGACGGCCACUGUCCAAGUACGAGCGGAACAUGAUGAUAUUCAACUGGUUACACACGCUGGAUGAACCCGCGCCAUUCUAGCCUGGGGCAAGGAGACCAGGUCCGACACACCCACCUGUAUGCUAUUACCAAGUAUUUCGAUGUCCACUUGUGAUUGCCCAGAGUCUAACUCCCACAAUCCACUAUUUAUUUAACCUGACUACUGUAACCUGGAUCUGAAUCACCCACCUACACUUCACUAGUAAUUAAUCCUUAGUCCACUACCCGUCGUA